AUGACCAAACACGAGUGCAAACAAAGUAGUACCACGAGGGAUCGUGGUGGUGGUCGAGCAAUUACAACUCACUGUCAACAUAUUGUCACCCUAGAUGACCCCUUCGAAGUGAAUUGUCUUUUCUUCAAUCUGCACAUGCUUCAUUGUGCUCGUGUUCAUUAUGGUGGUGGACUUCACCUUCCGACGGUGUGCAGUCACCUCGUCACGUACCUUGCCCAAUUGGAACUCGGUGAACUUAAUGUUCUCGAAGGUGCUCUCGAGCUUCAUGUGGUGGCGUCCGUCCUCCACACUGGUGAUAGUGACGGUGGGUUUCAGCAUGUUGCCGGCUCCGCGAUCACACGUUCAACAUCGAUGCGACUCAAAGUCGAUAUUCCAGCUCCACCCAAUAUGAAAUUUACUGCUUUGUGGUGUGCUGGUUGCCAUGACAGCAUUCCGCAAGCCACAUCGAGACUCAACUUACGUGCGGAAUCACGGCGAACGUGUCUCGCUGCGCACGCGACUCUCGACUGUGACAACAUACCUGGCCACAUGUAA